AUGAUUAAAUAAUUGCUUGCUGUAGUGACAAUAGGAAUAAUUUCAAUUGCACCGUAUUUGGAUAACACCGAUAGAAAUCCUUGGUUCGAAGAUGAUACAUUUAUUGUAUCCGUCGAUGGAAAAAUCAAUAGAAUUAGGAGGUCUGAUCCAGAUUGGAAACCUUAGUCAGAAUUUGAGUAUUUAAUAUGAGUGAACACUAUAGAGAGUACCAUGAACAAAUUUAUUAAGAGUAAGAGAGAUAGAGAAAAGAAUAAAUGAAGGAAUUUUUAGAAAGUACUGCAAAUGUAUGUACAAAUGGAAAAGAUCCAAGUUAAUUGAGCUUGUAAGCCUAUAUUAACGAAUUCAUUGCAGGUCCAUGUCAACCUGCUAUCUUGGUACCUGGAAUAAUAGCAACAAUUUUACAAGUAAUAAUAUUAUUCUAUAUGUAUACAGGUUAAAAUUGAUUGUGAAACAUUGUAAGCAAAAAGACCAGAUAUCUUCGAAAAUUGCGGUUGGUAAACAUGCAGUGCAUCUAAGUUUUGGUUAAAGAAACCGAAUGAAGAAUAUAGACUAUGGAUGGGAUCCAUAAAUAGUCCAUUUACAAUUGCAAUGACAAAUAAGAAAAGUAAAUGUUUUGGUGAUUUUAUUGAACUAUAUUAUGAUAAAUCAAAAAAGGAUCCAAAAGAGAGGUAUUCAGCUGCACCUGGUAUAUCUAUCACUUGGCAUGGGAAUACUCCUUAGAGUGCUGAUGCAGAAUGUGGAACUACAGCUAUCUAAGAACUUUCUACUGAUUCAAUCAUCAAAUCAUCAAUGUGUGACACUAAGGGAUAUCAUAAAUUUUCUGACACUUUAAAAAAUAUGGGAUACAUACCAGGUUUGACUAUGCAAGCUGCACCAUAUGAUUUUAGAAAAUCAAUUGUAGCUUCAGAAUCACAAAAAUACAUCAAGAAAUCUAUUGAAACAUUCCAUAAGUUGACUGGCAAAACUACAUAUAUAUUUGGACAUUCCUUAGGAUCUUUGCAUGCAACUGAGGCAAUCUAUAAUAUGACACCAGAAGAAAAGUAAAAAGUAGCUGGUAUUGUUACUAUGGCCGGUCCACUAUUAGGGGCUACGAAAACAUUCAAACCAUAAGUAGGAGGAGAUGAUAGUUACAUGUUUAAAGUUCUAUCCAUUGAUGCUGGCAUUAAUUGGUAUGCUCAAAGAAAGAUGUCACGUACUUCCUCUAGUGUUGUUGAUCUUUAUCCUAAAGAUACUUAUUUUAGAUUUAGAUCAGAGACUUGGAUGCAACAAAUAUUAGAUAGAAUUAAAUGGGAUAAAGAAUUUAUAUCUACAGGCAAACGACCUUCAAGACCUAACCCUUUGAAUUGGUUCCCUGAACCUGAUUAAGUUUGUGGUGCUGAUUUUGAAGAAAGAUCAAAUCAUUGCUAACUAUUAAUGAGUGAUAUGAGUGAACACUUCUUAAGGGUUGUCGAUAAACUGUAUUAUUCUACUGAAGAAUCUAUGAUUGAGGCACUUUCAGACAACAUUAAUUCUGAUGCUCUUUAACAGUUAUUGGAUUACGUUUAAGAAACUAAAAGAGUCAAGGCUGAUAAUCUUGAACAUCCAGGAGUUCCCAUGGUAGUUAUUUAUGCAGCUAAUCAAUUAACUCCAGCCCAAUUCGAAUAUGAUAAACAGCCUUAACCAAUUGUUGAUUCUUCAGAUGAUUUCUAUCUACCUGAUCAUAUUUAUAAAGCUUAUGGCGAUGCAACUGUUCUUGCCUCAUCUGCUAUGACACCAGCCAUCAUGUGGAUUUAUGAACAAAAAAAUGGAUAAACCAAUAUUCCAACCAAAUUAGUUGAAUAUUGUUCACAAUACAGUGGCGAUGCUGUCUCUUCAAUUUAUGAUUCAACAGAUGAAUAGCAAUAGAAACAAUUUACCUAAUCAGGUUAUUUGGGUCUUACAUGUUCUUGUAAAUAUGGAUAAACUGUAAUUAAUUAUAUUAUUCUAGGUAAUAGACCAUUGUAGUCAUGGUUACAUUAUAUCAGAUGCAUUACUUAUAUAGUUUGCUUCUCAGGUUCUGACUACUAAUUGGAAAUCGACUAUUUCCCAAACAACUGCAACUGAAAUUGAACUUAAAGCUAUUAAAGAGGGAUGUACAAAUUUGCAUUGAACAUCAUAUUGUGAUAAUUAUAAAUAACAAAAUAUUUUAUACUAGAUGAUAAAGUUUAAACUGGGACUUGGUAUUGGGAUACGGGAGAUGUUAAAUGCGGGAAUCCAGAACAUCCGAACGAAUGGAAAGAAGUUAUAGUAGAAGAAAAAAUCGAAUUUUUGCACUAAGAACCCACGCUUGCUGUAAUAAUCAAAACUAAUUUAGGUGAAAUUCCUUAUAAUGUAUUCAUAGAAUUAAUCAAGGAAUCUUGGGGAUUUAGAAAUUUUAUAGUGGAGGUAGUCCUGUGUUCACCAGGCUGUAUAAGAUGUAGUAAUGAUACACCUGAUGAAUGCUUAUAUUACAUACCAAUAGAAGUGAAUUGGUUUGACAGUUUUAAUUUUGAUGGGUGGCUUCUUAAUAAUUAAUAGUUUGUUGGCAUCAGCCUAUGUGUCAACAUGACGGUAAUGGGAGGAGUUGGUCUUAUUUCAGGAAAUUAAUAGUUAGCAAAGAAUAUACAUCUUUGAUCCCACAUUAUAAACUAAUAUUAUAGGUUCAGUUUUGGAAAUUUGACUUUUGGAAUAAUAAUAAAUUCACUUUAGAGAUUGAUGGGCAAAAAUUUAAGAAGAAGUUUUUAAUUAAUAUGAGGUUUUUCCUCUUUGUGGUGAUAGUAAUGGGGGCGAAAAGUCAUUAGACAUUCGUCAGGAGUUGA